GGUGUCCCUCAUAGCACUGCUCUUUCAGCGGCAGAUGGACCAAAGAUGAGUGCCCUAAGAGCUGUCGUUGCCCUCCUGCUCUGGGGGCAGCUUUUUGCAGUGGACUCUGGCAACGAGGCUACAGAUAUUGCAGAUGAUGGCUGCCCAAAGCCCCCUGAGAUUGCAAAUGGCUAUGUGGAGCACUCGGUCCGCUAUCAGUGUAAGAAAUUCUACAGGCUGCGCAGUGAAGGAGAUGGAGUGUACACUUUAAACAGUCAGAAGCAGUGGAUAAAUAAAGCUGUUGGAGAGACACUUCCUGAAUGUGAAGCAGUAUGUGGACAGCCUAAGAAUCCAGUGGAUCAGGUACAACGGAUCAUAGGUGGAUCGCUGGAUGCCAAAGGCAGCUUUCCCUGGCAGGCUAAGAUGAUCUCUCGCCAUAAUCUCACCACGGGGGCCACGCUGAUCAACGAAAAAUGGCUGUUGACCACAGCGAAAAAUCUCUUCCUGAAUCAUACAGAUAAUGCAACAGCAAAGGACAUUGCUCCUACUUUAAAACUCUACGUGGGAAAAAAUCAGCUUGUGGAGAUUGAGAAAGUGGUUCUCCACCCUGACUACUCCAAGGUAGACAUUGGGCUCAUCAAACUCAAACAAAAGGUGUCUGUUGAUGAGAGAGUAAUGCCCAUUUGCCUACCUUCAAAGGAUUAUGCGGAAGUGGGACGUGUGGGUUAUGUGUCUGGUUGGGGGCGGAAUUCUCUCUUCUCCUUUACUCAGCAACUGAAGUAUGUCGCACUGCCCGUGGCUGCCAAAGAUGAGUGUGAAAAGCACUAUGAAGGCAGUACAGUACCUGAAAAGAAAGAACCAAAGAGCCCUGUUGGGGUGCAGCCCAUUCUAAAUGAAUACACCUUCUGUGUGGGCAUGAGCAAGUAUAAGGAAGACACUUGCUACGGCGAUGCUGGCAGUGCCUUUGCCAUCCACGACCAGGAUGACAACACCUGGUAUGCGGCCGGGAUCCUCAGCUUUGAUAAGAGCUGUGCUACGGCUGAGUAUGGAGUGUAUGUGAAGGUGCCCUCCAUCCUGGACUGGGUUCAGAAAAUCAUAGCUGACAACUAACGCAAGGCAGACUGAAACUCUUGGCUGAGAGCAAGAUUGCACUCUGGAGGAGGGCAAACAGGAUGAGGUGGAUGGGAGGAAACCUGGUCUGAAGUUGAUGGGAGCCAGCCCUGCAUUGCUGAGUCACUCAAUAAAG